AUGGAAGAGAAUAUCGCUCAGAAACUACGACAUGUUCAAACGGCAGUUGAAACUUUAAAAAUUUGUCAAAAUGAUCCACCAAAUGAGUUAACUAACAAUUAUGGUUUUAUCAAAUUUGAUGAAAAUAUAGUUGAUGCUACUACACGUCUUUCACAAUAUAUAAGGUUAAGUCUUAAUACAAAUGCUGCAACAGUGGUUAAAUUUAUGCAACAAGGUUGGUGUUUACCAAAACCUGAUUUAAUUAUAUCUGUGACUGGUGGAGCAAAAAAUUUUGAUAUGUCAACACGUCUUAGAAAGAUAUUUCAAAGUGGUUUAGUUUCUGCUGCUAUUACAACAAAUGCAUGGUUAAUUACAGCUGGAACAAAUACUGGUGUUGUUAAAGAAGUUGGUGAAGCUCUUAAUAAAUAUCGUUAUAAAAAUCGAAAAAAUGGUGUUGAUGUACCAUGUAUUGGUAUUGGUAGUUGGGGUUAUACUACAGGAAAUGAACAACUUGAUUGUCAAUCGACAACUUUUUCUACAGAUGCAAGUACUAUAAAAGAAAUAGUUCCAUCUAUGAGACAUCGUUUUAAUAAAAUAACACAUACUAAUCUUAUGGGUAAUGAUCAUCAAUAUGCAGUUCGACAUUAUACUGUCAAAGAAAAGAUAAGAAAACGUUGUGAUUUAGAACCUAAUCAUACUCAUUUUUUAUUAUUUGAUGAUGGACAACCAAAUGCCGAUACUGUUCUAUCAUUACGAGCAGAAAUUGAAAAGUAUUGUCGAAAUACAUGCAUAGAUACUGAUACAGACGGAACAGUUGAAUCAUUAAUACCUAUUGUUAUGGUUUUGGUUGAAGGUGGUCCAUCAUCGAUUCGAACAAUUUGUGAGGCACUUGAUUCGAAUACACCAGUUGUUGUUAUCAAGGAAUCAGGUCGUGCUGCUGAUCUUAUUGCUGAAUUACAUGCUUGUUAUACUGAAAGCGAGAAUGAUGAUGAUAAUGUCCAUCCUACACGACUGCAAACCAGUUUAGCUAAAAGUGGUUCAAAAGAAACAAAGAUCAAUGCGAUUUUGACUAAAGCACAAGCUGCUAUUACAGAACUUCAUGAAGUUAUAGAUAAUCUAUGUCGAGUAUUAAACGAACGUAAACAAUUAGUGACAAUUUUCAAAUUUGAUAGUAAACGAUAUCAUGGAAAUCUUGAAGAUGCUAUUCUAGAAUCUUUAUUUAAUGCUGCAAAAUUUUCUGGUGAUCAUAUUGAACGAAAUCGUCGAACAGUAGAACUUAAAUUAGCUAUAGCUUGGCAUAAAUUUAAUUAUGCUCAAAAAUAUCUUCUUACUGAUACAACAAUAUCUAAUUGGAAAGAAGAUGAUCUACAACGUGCUCUUUUCAAUGCACUUCAUCGCGGUCAUGUUGAUUUUGUUGAAUUACUCAUUGAAUUUGGUGCAUCACUUGAAAAAUUGACAAAUGGAGAUCUUAAACAACUUUAUGCAACAACAUUGAAUUCAUCAGUAGCACCAUUAUUUGGUGCAUUAAUCUAUCGACGUGCAGCAAACUUAGAACUUGAUGUCGAUAUAAAACAACAAUAUAAAGAAAAUGCUAAUCAAUUUGAUACACAUGCUAUGUCAAUUAUUGAUCGAUGUUUGGAUAAUGAUGAAAAUUUUGCUAUUAAUCUUCUAAAACAUCCUGCUGUUGCAUUUAAUGAUAUUUAUCCAUUACAAUUAGCACGGAAAGUUAAUUGUAAAUCAUUUCUUGCAUCAAAAUGUGUUCAAAAAUAUCUUGAUCAUCAAUGGUUUGGAUGUAUUAAUUAUAAAAGAACGGCUAUUAAUUUUCGAGUGUUUCUUUGUUCAUUAUUUUUUCCAUUAUUUCCAAUAUUUUGUAUCUUUUUACCUUAUACACAGAAACGUAAAAAAAUGCGUCGAAGUACUCAAAAUCAAUCAAAAAUUAGUCAAUGGACUGAGAUGAAUCAUUUUAUCGGAUCUGUUCAGCAAGAAGAAAAAGAAUAUGUUUCAUGGUACGAUAAAAUAAAAUAUUUUUAUGAAGCACCUAUUGUACGAUUUUAUUAUUAUACGAUAUUUUAUAUUUUAUUUCUUGGCUUAUUCAGUUUUGUUCUUCUUGUUAAUUAUUUUCCAUUAAAUAUCUAUAAUGAACGUCAAUCGGGUAUUCAAAUGUUACCAAUACCGAUAACUGAAAUAAUUCUUCAUAUUUGUUUUUGGAGUUUCAUUAUUGAAGAAAUACGCCAGUUUUUAUUUGUCGAUUCAAAACUAGAAUAUAUAUCAGGAAUAUGGCAUAUGAUUGAUACGAUUGGAGCGAUAUUAUAUCUAAUAAGUUUUAUUACACGAUUUAUUGUUCUUGAACCACUUUUUGUUGUAUCAAAAAUAUUCUUAUCUCUUGAUUUGAUACUUUGGUAUGUUCGUACAUUAGAACUAUUUGCUACUUUUGAAAAAUUAGGACCGAAAUUGAUUAUGAUUUUUAAUACAAUGAAAGACUUACUAUUUUUUGUUUGUUUUAUUCUUAUAUUUUUUCUUGGAUAUUCAAUAUCAUCAUGGUCAUUAAUAACUACAGAUAAUCAAGUUUCUUGGAAUUAUAAUAGUGAUGGUUCAGUAACAAGUGAUGGAAGUGGUUUAUGGACAUGGCAAUUAUUACGUGAUGUUACAAAUUUUGGUGUUUGGAAAAUUUUUGGACAAGUAGAUCCAAUUGAUGGUACAAACGCAUAUUCUGUUGUAACUUUUAUAUUGACUAUACUAUUUGUUGCUAUUUCUAAUGUACUUCUUCUUAAUGUACUUGUUGCUUUAUUUAAUGUUACAAUUGAAAAUGUUCAAAUACAAUCUCAUCAAAUAUGGCGAUAUCAACGUUUUUUACUUGUUAAUGAAUAUAAUAAUAAACCUCCAUUACCACCACCUUUUACUACUAUUUAUUAUCUUUAUACUAUUGUUUGCUAUAUAAUCGAAAAAAUUCAAUGUUAUCACCAAAAAUGUCGACAUGGUGCCUGUGAAAAUUCCAAGGAUUCAAUUGAUUCAAGUGAAAAAAAAGUCCGAGAAGACUUUAAAAUUAGUAAUGCAAUGCAACGUGAAAGUGCCAUAGCUGCUGAUUAUUGGAGUUAUAUGUUAAAACAUGGAAACAAAGAUCCAGUUGAAGCUGCAAUACAAAAUAUUGAACAAAAACUGCAUGAUUUGCAAGAACAGAUACAUGAUAUGAUGAAUACUGGACCAAUAAGAUCUAUUCAAUAA